AGGGGCAGCUGCGGACCACAUUUAUUUCCCUGCAACCUGUGCGCCACCCGGCCGUGGGUUUGCUUGAUGUUGCAGAGCAUGUAUUAAAAUUAACGUUGCAGGUUCGUGUCGAUAUUCUAUUUGUUUUGCGUUCGCCACGUAAAUCGAACGAGUUCAUCGCAGCACUGGUUUCAGGAACGAUUUCGGAUCAUUGCAAUAAUUCUUGGCGCCUCUGAAGACGAGCUUUCGGUGCAACAGCUGCAACGAAAAUGAAAGUAAGUACUCUUUUUCCACUACUUGAUAUUGGAUAUAUUUAUAAUAAAUACGCUCGUUGAAAGUAGUGGUCUAAUUCCUACAGUUGUAUCCGGAUCCUGGUGCUCUUGGAGUCUUGAGUGUUUUCUUCGGAACGAUCCCAUUUAGUUUUACAACCCUGCUUCUUGUUCUUUUGCAGUAGUUUUAAUCCAGUGGCAUUGGCGCAGUCGUCCGAUUGAUCAGUCGAUGACUGCGAAGAACUGCCCGCCUUUUAUUUUCUAAAUUUGGUAUGAAACACACUCGUUGGAGGCGGAGCUCACAAGCACUAAUCUUCCGGAGAACUAAAAAUGUUGUAUGACAUACGACAAUGAAGUAGCACUAGCAAACUUAGAGAACUCACUGUUGACCAACUCCCUACCGUGACCGUCGCUGGAGACGAAUCGGAAGACGAGAGAAUUCGAAGAAAAAUGAAUCGGCUGAGCAGGCCGCGGCUGAAGUAUUUCGAGCUGUUGGACUUGCCCGAGGAUUGCACCACGGAACAGGUGGUGCGUCAAUUCCGCCGCAAGUCACUCCGUGUGCAUCCCUAUCCAGUGCAAAUUAUAAAUAUGUCUGGGAGCAGGUCUGGAAGAAUUUAUUGCGCCUUUGACAUGCAUCUCAUGGUGUAGGAUCACGUAGAUGGUCUUCUGGAAAAACUGACACAGAACAAGCAUCACAGGUUUUGAAAAACCUUUGCCAUACGACGGAAAUGUCCACCCGCACGAAACAGAAGCUUGGCGCUUCCACGGCAAAAAGGUGACGAUUUUUGGCCUGGUCUAUGCAACAUAGAUAUUUUAUUUGCGGUCCAGAUUUUUUAGCAUGACAGACGUCCAGGUUGGAUAUUUGCAAUGCAUAAUCCCGACAAGCCGACUGGUGACAAAGAGCAGUUUCAGCAGCUAAACCGGGCCUACACCUUAUGAUCCUGAGUAAGAACGUCGGUCCCCACCCCAUUUCUCUGUGCUUUAAAUUUUAAUUUGGUCUUUUCCAGUACAUAAACACCCCAGUCGAAAAACUCGUGCUCUCGAAACUUCUCUGUCGCUGUGCUUUCGCGAAAAUUCGAAAAUUCGCGGUGCUUUAAUUUGGUCUUUUCCAGAACAUAAACACCCCAGACCUAGUAGAGUAAUGCCGCGCGUUUCUCUUCUCGACAUAGUUGCUUAUCCUCCCCAUCCUUUUGUGAAAGUUUGAAGUUUCUCUGUGCUUCAUUUCGGUCUCUGCCAGUACAUAAACACCACAGACCUGUUAUGCAAAUCUGCAUCAUGUGCAGAGCAGCAGCCAUUUCUAAAAUAAGUGCUUAUGUUUAUCAUGAUGCGCGAGCGCGGCCCCAGGACCACCAGGAGAAGCCUUUGAUUUCCUAGUCGUGUUUUGAAUUUUGUCAUGCGUGAAUCAGCGUCAGCAUAAUUAUAAUCAACUACUUAGCCGCUCGAUCUGUAAUAUUGCUGCUACACGUGGCUGCACACACGACACGGCUACCUUGCGAGGCCAAACUUGGUUUUAUGCACAACAGCCAAACCUUGUUGUUUUUUUUCUCUAGCAGCUUUCCCAUCUUGAAUGUAGGGAUCAGUCGCAUAUCCCAGAGAAAAACAAAAAAGCACGCAGGGCAUAAUUAUAUUUGUAUUAUGCAAUAAAUACACAGAAAAAUUUGUCAUGAUAGGCGGCCUCGUAGCAUGCUGCUUAGGAUAUGCAAUACAGAUUUUUUUGUGUAUUUAUUUUUGCAACUACGAAAAUCAUGCGACCUGCCUGCUUUUUUUUGUGUUAUAUUGGGGUGGACGUUCUUGCUGAGGAUACACGUGUCUUCGGGACGAGCGCCGGCGGGCGAAGUAUGUUGGCGUUCUCAAAGCAGUUAGACUCUCAACUGUUGCAUGAAUUUGUGAUGCGACGAGAACGAAAAAAACAGCCAAAGGGGCAAGCUUGCUGCUUCACAGAUUCGGAACAGAUUUAAAUGCUAUUUAGCCCUGCUGCGGAGAUAAUUUUUCGUGCGAAGUAGCUUGAUCGUCUGGCGGCUUAAGGCACCAGUUCUGCAUGGCAAACGAAAUCCAUCUAACAGCUGAGAGUGUAACGCUACUUGGGAGGUUUUCCAUACGAAGUAUCUGGAGGACGGGUUCGACGACUAUUCCCUGAAAAUUUUAAACCAUCACCAUCCAUUUUUGACAUGAAAGACACAGAAUUUCCUACAUGUUUUGCAUGACAAAUUGGAUCGGGGCGGUUAAGUUUCAGGGAAUAACGACCAACACGUUUCGACGGAAGAGUCGGACACCUUUGUGGAUGCUUUUUUCGGCGUAUCAGAGUGCACAGCUUCAGCUACAGCUCCUCAUUCACUCCUGUCAUGGAAAAUGGAAAUGGUUGUAAAUCCAGCCUCUGCUUCUUGUUCUUCUUGGCACUGUUUGCAUGACAGAUUCUGGCAGGAGCUGCCCAAGAAACAUCAAUACAGUCGUCCUGUGCAGUUGUGAAUUUGGCAUGCAAAACCUGCAUUCGUGCCGACGUUUGUAUUGCUGUUCUUCAUGCCCACGUACUACAAGUGAAAGGGACGAGCUGUGCGCAACUGUCAUACGGCGAGGGAGCGCGAGCGAGUACUGGACACUCCGCGGACUUCAAACUUUAUUCGGUUUCAAAUUAUCAAACUGUCAACCUCUCCAAGCUGUUUGGUCGUGGUUCGACGAAAAAGGGAGAAGACGAGCCUGCUGAUGAUGAACAGGAAUCGGGCGAACCUGAGUUGCCGGUUUACAUGCGCGACAUCAUCUAUGACAGUGCACAACUCCCCCUUCCCCUCAUUUGUAUAGCAUGAACGGCAAUACAAGCGUCAGCAAGAUGAGUGCCUGUUUUGCAUGUUACAAAUUUGCCCAGGAGUGUAGUACUGUUUGGGCUUCCGGAGUUUGUCAUGUUGGAAGGCUAAGGGCAGGGCGGCCCCAUAUAAAUUAAGGCGCUUGUCAUGCAAGCAGUGGCAAGAGGCACAGCCUGGAUUUGCUAUUUUGCAUGACAAAUGAGGGGGAAGGGAGUCGUGCAGUGUGAUAUCAUCAAAGUGGGGCUCAACUACCUCGCCUCCCUGGAAGAUCACGAGUUCGCCAACAUCUUUUUUCUUCGGCACAUGCGCAUUGACAUCUUGUACCUGAUGAUUGGUGUUGUGGACGAAAAUGUUGAACCAGAAAGCGAGUUGUACAGAGGAGCAGGGUAUCCUGUGCAAAAGCAUCGUAUUCGUAUUGCAGUCAUGCAUUACAAAUCUUUUGCUUUUCGUUAAGUCAAAUCCGCAUUACAUAUUUUAUUUCUCAUGCUGGGGAAAUUUGUAAUACAUUUAUACGAGUGCGAUACCUUUGCAAUCCAUACAGGGUCAACAUCUUCUCCAGUUCAGCAUCAUGCUUCUGCGCAAGAACAAGCAGGCCGCGACGCCUCGUCUGCAUCAUCUGCCUGCGACUACCUCACGCAGGAGAUGUUCGAAAGAGAUUCAAGUUACCCUAUCACCUAUAUCGUAAGGAAAAAUCCCCCCUCCCCAUAUCAAAACGAUGUUUCUGAUGCUGGAUUUGCGUACACAAAUCAGAUCUGUCUUGCUGGCGAGGACUGCAGGCCCAUAUCAAGCCUGAGUAGACAGGUUCUGGCCUAGGCGCUUAGCAUGACAGACGUCUACGCGGCUGUAGGAGCAACGCCAACAGCUGCAUGACAAACCGCCUGUAGAAUGUGGCGGAGCCUGUAGAUUUGCCUUCAUGCAAUACAGCGACGAUUUGUGGUCUCAAAUCAGCGUCACAAAUUUUCAGAAGUAUCCCGGUUUGAUAUGGGGAGGGGGGAUUUUUCCUCACAAUAACCUACUAUGACACGCCGCUGCAGCCCGGCAUCGCGCCGCGCUGGUCCGACCAAAACAUUUUGGCGAGCUGCGAAAAGAUCAGAGAAAUGAAUGAGAAAAAGGCGGCCGGUAUCAAAUGCAAAUAAGCAUAAAUGUGUAGUCUGGGUCUGGAAGUAUAAUCCGCGAUUUGCCAUGCAUCUCGCGGACCACGCACAUGAUCUGGAAUGCACUUGCACACAGAAGCAUCUUCACAGAUUUCAUCACGAAUAAACCAUCGAUCCCCAACAUGCUUAUUCCGCAUCAACAGAAGCCCGCCUUUUACCUAGCAAGCAGUGGGGAGCUUUUUGCGGUCAUGCGAAGAACGCAAUUUUUUUUGUAGUCGAGAUUUCGCAUCAUGACAAAUUGUAACAUUCCAGACCACCCAGAGGACAUAUUUGCAAUGCAUAGGCGGCAAAGUAGAGCGUCGGGAACUGUCCUUCGAGGAAUUCGAGAGGAGGUAUGGGAUUCUCAAGCGUCAUAUCAACCGUAAAAAUGUCUGGGUCUGGAAGAUUCUGACACUUGUCUUGCACGUUUUGCAUGAUCCAUGAUGUCUGUGAUGCGUACCCUAGCAAUACAGAUUUUCUGAGGGCUUCUUGAUGCCUAUUCCGCAUGACAAAUGCCUUCUAAGCGUAAAGUGUCUGAAAGGGGCACGCCGUUGGGUCGUCCGCCAUCGUGAUAGGAUCACCGUGUCUGAUCAUUAGACCCCCUGUAUAUUUUUUAGCGCGCAACCGGCCACAAAAGUAAGACUGCGAGCAAGUUUGUAAGACUAACCCUUCAAGGCAAUACUGGAUCUCCACCUUGCUCGCGGGCUUGGAUGGUAAGGCAGGUCAGCCACACAUAGCGCCCACUGGUUGUAGCCAUGCGUAAGCAAUCGAUAGCGGUUUUGCAGGUGCAGCCGGGUGGUAGUUAGGAAGUGGACCGCGUCUCCACCUAGGGGUAUCGGCAGAGGCUAAAUCUGUUCUAACGCCCAGGUAUUGGCAGAGGCUAAAUCUGUUCUAACGCCCACCCGCCAGGAGUUAAAUGGUACUACUACUACUACUAGCGUAGCAAAAAUCGCAUUCCCGUUGGUACUCAUGCAAUACAGAUUUUUUUGGAAUCCAAAUGCAGCAUCACAAGUUGCAUUCUUCCAGACCCAGACACUUUUACACUUGAUGCGUCACAUUCUUCCCAGCUGUUGCAUGAUUAUUUGUGAUCAUGCAAAUUUGCUACCACCAUCCACACGAUCAAGCUAAUUUUUUGCAUGGCAAGCUCUCGUCGCACUCCUUAACAGCAUGGAAAUCGAAAUCCGUACCCGUUCCAGAUUAUUGUAAAUGUAAUGCAAAGCGCGCAGUUUACAUUGAUUCUUUCACCUUUCAUCACAUUUGCUUACUCUUGCAUCAUCUUCACAAAUUGAUGUUCCUGUAGCAGUUGCGAAUGUAAGGAUAGUUGAGAAUCACCCAUAUGAGACAACGGUACGCGCUGGCUGCGCUGGAGUACCAGGUCGAUGAGCUCGGCGUUCUAGAGGAUUAUGCACUGCAAAAGAAGUUGUACUAUCGUACUAGUACAAAUCGCGUCAUAACAAAAAGUUAAAAAAGUUUGGUCAGCAUGAAAAAUAUACUUCUAAAUUUGUAAAAAUACUGAGAGAGCAUGCAGUGAUGUGCAGAGGUACUACUAGAUCUUCUUCUGCCAUGCACGGUUGCGUUGAUUUAAGUAUCGAAAGAGCACGAUCAUUCUUUUGCAAUGCAUAAGGAUGAGUACGAAGCAAAAUUGAAAAAGCAACUGCGCGAGGAGCAGCCGGAAACAACUGCGCCAAAUCUCCCGGGCCGCCCAGCCACUCCACCUGCUAUCCGUAUCCCACGAAAAAACUGUUUCACUGUGAUGAUUUUGCAAGAUCUGCAUCACAAGUUUGUUACACAUGACACAGAAAAUUUGCCAUGCGCGCUUCCAAAGGGAAAAGAACACCCCUAAAGAGUCAAGGUCUUGCAGGUGUAGCAAGACAAAUAGUUCUGUGGUCCAUUCUAUGCAUCACAAGUUCACAGUGAAACAGUUUUUUCUUGCGAUGCCUGCAGGUAGUACUAAAAUAGAGGGGUCGACUAUCAAAGAAAAAAAGUUCGUCACGAUCACUCAUGCGCAUUUUUGCAAUACAAAAUUGUUUGUCAUGCGUCAAAAUGCAUCUUCACAGCCAAACUUCAUUAAGGAUUUCCCUAGUGUUUCUGCAAUACAAGGAAAGUUUGUGAUUCUGAGAAAAUUUGUAAUGCAAAACCUGCAAGUUCGUGACUGUGAGAAACUUUUUUCUCUCCAUAUCGACGACGAGAGCUCCUGCGUCCUCUUCCUCGUCUGCCAACCAGGAUUAUGGUACGGGUGAACUACCGGAAACAACAAGUGCGACUACCGACCACCUGCAAGCCGCUCAGGCAAAGAGAACCGGCGCAGCUGUGGCGAAGCUUGACAUGUACCAAGAAGAUGUCGAGGCUGAUUACCAAUGAGAGAGGCACCUAGUACAGCUGCUCGUUGUACAAUUUAUUACGCGCUUCAAUUCUUAUCAAAGAAACGUGUUCAUUUUCGAAAUGGAGUAGUCGAAUAAUAGAAGAUGAUUACAGGUGGAGCAGCUCCGGGACCACUGCAUAAAAAUAUGGCGGUCCUCGUGUCAGGAGGGAUCCGAUCUUGUAACCGAUAGCGGUGCUGCCCUUUCUUGUGAGCGAUAGCACCAUUCACAUUCUUGCACUUUUAUUACCGAGCAGGACCACCACCUCCUGCUCCUGCACUUCAAUACUUCUUUGGAAAGCAAUAUUUUUUGAAGGCACGACUGUUGUACCGCUACCAGCAGAAGGGAAGCUGUGGAUCCGUUUUCUUUCGUCGACGUCGUAUCUGAUAGCAAUAAUAUCUCGCCGCUGUACUAGAGUUUGGCACUCAACCACCUAACUGUCGUUGUUCUCUUGUUGCUCGCUUAUUGCAUUUAUCAAAUCAACACUGCAAAUUAAACGUCAGUCUGGGUCUAUCUCAAACAGUGCUGCUACUGUACUUUUGACGCAGGUUUUGCACGGCCCAGGAGGUCUGAGGUGCUGGGCCCAGCGUUGCAGAGUCUGGCGCAAGAUCUUUGCAAGUUGCAAUGCCUAUGUAUUCUGCAUGACACAUCAAUAAUUUCGCCCCAGCAGCUUGUGGCGGUCAUGCAAGACGAAGACCGAAGAUUCUUGUGCGGGUGUGGCCCCUCCAAGGGCGCGUUACAGACUUGCCCGCUUCCAGACCCAGACAUAUAUUGCAACGCUGUACGUCGCCCAACUUUUACUUUUCUCCUGUUCUUUAUCAUGAUUCCCAGGAGCAUCAAUGUAGAAGUUAUCGCCUGCCACCUCCACUCGUGCCGGGAGCAAAGUGAGCAAGCACUUCUACUUUGUAUUUGUUAUAGAGCUUUGACCUCAAGACUUCUUGUUGAUGAUAGAUAAAGGACAA